CUCUCUCUCUCUCUCUCUCUCUCUCCCAACCCUUGUCGUGUACAAUUUGAAGUAUCAAAAUCUGAUCGAAAAGGGUUUCUCGCCUCUUCCCUCUCCAAUGGUAACGCAGGGUCAGGUCAUUAUUUGCAAAGCUGCGGUGGCGUAUGAGGCGAACAAGCCGCUGGUGAUCGAGGAUGUGGAGGUUGCGCCGCCGCAGGCCGGGGAGGUGAGGAUUAAGAUCCUCUACACGGCGCUUUGCCACACCGACGCCUACACCUGGAGCGGCAAGGAUCCCGAAGGCCUUUUCCCGUGCAUUCUUGGUCACGAGGCUGCUGGGAUUGUUGAAAGCGUUGGUGAAGGCGUAACUGAGGUUCAGCCUGGAGACCAUGUUAUACCUUGCUACCAGGCGGAGUGCAGGGAGUGCAAGUUCUGUAAAUCGGGGAAGACAAAUCUGUGCGGUAAAGUUCGCGCAGCAACUGGUGUCGGUGUUAUGAUGAAUGACCGGAAGAGCAGGUUUUCCAUUAAAGGGAAACCCAUCUAUCAUUUCAUGGGAACGUCGACCUUCAGCCAAUACACUGUUGUACAUGACGUGAGUGUUGCGAAAAUUAAUCCUCAGGCUCCUCUCGAGAAAGUAUGCUUGCUUGGUUGUGGCGUUCCUACAGGCCUUGGAGCAGUGUGGAAUGCAGCGAAGGUGGAAGCAGGUUCCACUGUUGCAGUUUUUGGGCUGGGAACUGUUGGGCUUGCAGUUGCAGAAGGAGCUAAAGCGGCUGGCGCUUCUCGUAUUAUUGGAAUAGACAUUGACAGCAAAAAAUUUGAUACAGCAAAAAAUUUUGGAGUGACCGAAUUUGUGAACCCAAAGGACCACGACAAGCCGAUACAGCAAGUCAUCGUGGACCUCACUGAUGGUGGUGUCGAUUACAGCUUUGAAUGCAUCGGAAAUGUUUCUGUUAUGAGAGCUGCCUUAGAAUGUUGCCACAAGGGCUGGGGUACCUCGGUCAUUGUGGGUGUAGCAGCCUCUGGCCAGGAGAUCUCCACUCGGCCUUUCCAGCUUGUCACUGGCCGUGUAUGGAAGGGAACUGCUUUUGGCGGCUUCAAGAGCCGCUCUCAGGUCCCGUGGCUUGUCGACAAGUACAUGAACAAGGAGAUCAAGGUCGAUGAGUACAUUACCCACACGAUGACUCUAGCAGAGAUCAACAAGGCUUUUGAUCUGAUGCAUGAAGGGGGUUGCCUCCGCUGUGUUCUUGCUUUGGAUGCAUAGAGUUUUUAUCUUUCAUUUCUCAUCUAGGAGUCAAAUACGUGAAGGAAAGUAGUAGCGUGCAAUGUCAAUUUAUGAUCCUUUUGCUUCCUUGGGCUAUGUGGUGUUUUUGACGAAAUGUCAGGGGCCUCAACUUGUUUUCAAUCAUUUUGUUGUAGUAAGCAGCAAUCCUGUUGUUUGUUUGGAUAUCUGUUAUUUCGACUUACCAUCUUUUAAAAACGUUUCUAAGUAUUUCUCCAUCAAGGGUUUUAAGACCGGCGAAAACUGGUCUGCAAUAUAGCCUUGAGGAAUUUUUUAAGUAGCCAACGUGCUGGGUAGCAAGUGAUUUUUCCUUUUUGUUGGAACAAGAGUGAAUGGCAUUUCUUGCAAAUUUUAUACUGUA